AUGGCCUCCGACAGACCUGACAAGAAGGAGAAGAAGGAGAAGAAGGAGAAGCGCAGCGAAGAUGCUGGCGUGACCAAAUCCAAGAAGGACAAGAAGGAAAAGAAGGAGAAGAAGGACAAGCUCGCUUCUGCUCUGGACGAGAAGCUCCAGCAGGAUGUCGCUGCGCAGAGCGCUGUCAAGGCCUCUGACGAGGGCUCAGAUAUGGAGGAGGACAAGACCCCUGAGGUGACCCUUGAGAGAAAGGUUGUGCCGUUUGCGGUUCCUCUUGCCGACGAGAAGGGCCAGAAGAAGAUUUGCAAGACGAUCCGAAAAGCCGCCAAGAAUGGUACUCUCAAGCGUGGUGUCAAGGAAGUCGUCAAGACCCUGCGAAAGUCCCCCGCCACCGCCCCCGGCUACACCUCAUUCCCCGGAGUCGUCAUCAUUGCCGGUGACAUUUCUCCCAUGGACGUCAUCUCACACCUGCCCGUGCUGUGCGAGGACCACAACGUGCCCUUCAUCUUCGUCACAUCGCGCGCUGAGCUGGGUGCCGCCGCCAAGACCAAGCGACCUACCAGCGUGGUCAUGAUUAUGGAGAAGGCCGAGGGAAAGAAGAAGCCCGCCAAGGAGGCUGACAAGGACGACGAGGAGGACAGCAGCGAGUCUUACAGCGAGACCUACGCUUCCUUGGUCAAGCUUGUGCAGAAGGAGGGUGGCAAGCAGGCGUUCUGGACAAAGGGUGAAUCAAAGGCGUAA